AUGCUAAAACGAUGUAAUGACGCAGAUGAUGUGGGGAGCUCCCACCUGCAUCAACAGAGCUCCGAAAGUGCAUCACCAACCACACACCCCAUAAAACAUCCCAUGAACACUUCCACCUGCCAUCUUCUCGCCAGACAUACCUUUAGACUUCAUUGUGCCAGACCAGACGUCUUCAAAUUCACCAAUUGUCUUCAUAUUCGACCUUUCCACGCGUAUCCUCGCCGGUUGGCCGCUUACAACAUGCCGUCCUCACCCAAAAUAACCUCCGUCGACGCGCUCCCUGCCAAUGAAGCCAAAUGGCUUGAAUUCCAGAAAAUCACUUGGUCUGACCAAACGGGCAAAUCGCGAAUCUGGGAGAGCGCAUCCCGCAAAACGCGAGGCAAGUCCGGCGUUGAUGCCGUGGCCAUAAGUACUAUUAUCCGACACCCAUCUCGUCCCGCCAGCACCAUCGUCAUCCUGCAGUACCGUCCUCCUGUGGAUGCCGUGUGCGUCGAGUUCCCCGCUGGUCUGGUCGACGAAUCGGAGAAGCCGGGCGAUGCCGCGCUGAGGGAGCUCAUGGAGGAAACGGGGUAUAAGGGUAGGCUGAAAUUUGUUAGCCCGACUAUAGUGAGUGAUCCGGGCAUGAGCACGGCGAAUAUGCAGCUGGCGACUGUUGAGGUGGAGCUGGGUGAAGAUGAGAAGGAGCCCGAGCAGCAGUUGGAAGAUGGCGAGUUCAUCGAGCGCGUGGUUGUACCGUUGGAUGAGCUGUACGAGAGAUUGCAGAAGUACAGCGAGGAAGGAAAGAUGGUGGAUGCAAGGCUUUGGCAUUGGGCGGCUGGAGAAUUUCUCAGCCUCCCUCUUGGCCUUCCUUGCCUUGGCCGCGCCCAUGGCCGCAGUGAUCUGUUGAUUGAGAAAUGCAGACCCCUCAUCCGCAUCCGCCCCAUAGCUCAAAUGAGCAGGAAGAAUAAGAAGAGUGCCAGUGCACACCGCAUCCCCCGGAGCGCAAAUAAUCUUCGUCUUGGCCUUGUCGAAGCCCGGAAUCUGCGCAUUAUCCUGCGUGUUCUGCGUGUCGCCGUACAAAACCACACCCGCGAUGCGACUCUGGACGUUGGCGGGCAGCUUCUCAAUGGCGCGGUGGUUGACGGCUGCGCCCUGCGAGUAGCCGCCGGCCACGAUGACGGCAUCGGGACACUGCGUGGCCAUGGCCGUAAUGGUGUCAAUCAUGAGGUCUCGGGACUGCGAGUCGGUGCCGCCGGGGAGCGCGUUGGGGGCGAGCGCAGCGUCGUAGUCGAUGCCUUCGGUUGCGACGUUGGCGUCGCCGAAUUGCUUCUUGAUACCGUCCGAGGUCGGUGGGCCUACUACGGUUCCCUACAUCGAGGUCUGUUGUUAGCGGCGAAGGCAAAAAGAAUAUCUCUGCAGCCUCCUUGA